UCGGCUGUCCCUCAGUGCCUAGCCAAGAUGACGGGUGCUACUGCUGUACAGCCUUUCCUCACUCUCUUCUUCCAUCACCCUGAGUCCCACCUUGCACCCGAUCAUUAGAAUAAAGAACGCGAGCGAUGUCUAUGGCCAGAUCGAUGAUUGCAUCGUCAUCCCCGGCUUACAUACCACGGCGGAUGGAUAGCAACUUCAACUUUGGCUCUCUGUCAAUGCACGACUAAUCUGUUCCAAGAACAGAAGCUCUUCUCCACCAUGACGUUCGCCCCAGACCCCGACUUCGUGGAUUGGCCCAAGAUCCUAGUGUGGAUCCAUAAUAGGUCCGCUGGACAAGGAGCUCGCGCACCACUUGUAGGUUUGGGUGGCGUAGGAAAGUCACAACUUGCCAUACACUACUGCCAUUCUAUCCGCGAUGAGUCACCGCAAACAUUCGUAUUCUGGGUGCAUGCUGGCGCUAAAUUCCGGUUCGAAGAAGCGUAUAGAGGAAUUGGGGACAUCCUUAAUCUUCCAGAGAGAAAUAAUCUAAGGUCGAUAUUUUAAAGCUAGUUAGUGAUUGGUUAUGUGACUUUCUCCCAAUUUCAAUAGCGAGAGCACAAUAGGCCUUCAAAUAGCUCAUCCGUGUCGCUGGUGGCGUAUCCCCCUCAACCCUCAAACCCGCAACGGAUCUAUUUUGAUCACGUCUAGGAAUAACGACGCGGCAGCAAGGCCGGAAAGAAGCUAUAAGAAUAUCGGAGGCGUUCUUGACAUAGAUGGGGGCUAAUUCCUAUAGGUUUGUAACAAGCUGCU